AUGGGCCUUCCCAUCUGGCGCGACCCCGAAGAGAAGGAGGCGAGCACCAAAGCAGAUCCGACAGCAUCUUUGCGCUCCUCCAUCCGCCGGCGGCCUUCAGUGCAUGGCCGCCGAACAACAACCCGGACGCGCCUGCCUCGCGACGCGACGAUUCUUCCACCACGAUUCGAGCGCGAGCCUCUACCUUCUGCUGGCUUCAAUGGCCUGCGCGAGUCGCGUCGUGGUGAUGCUCGACGCGUUCCGCCCAUCGCGAGCCUCUUGGAAGCAGCAGAAAGGCAACGUCUACCACUUCCGCCUCCGCCUGCGCCAGAACCAAGCUUUACACAAACGUCAAGAGCGUCGCGCGUAGCAUCGGGCAUGAGGGAACAGCUACAGCAUGAAGAGCGGACGCGCGAGCGAGAGAUGCGGCGACAGAUCACACAACUGCGCGCUCGCAAUGCAGAGCUCGAUCGCGAACGUGAUCGCAUCAUUCAAGAGGCGCACGACGCUGGAGUGCAUACCUCGACCAUCCCGGGACGACGCUCUCCUGCGCAUACUAUUGUUAUCAACCCCGGCGAGCCAUUGCGUAUUCUGCGAUCGCCGGAGCCUAUGGAUCGUCGUAGACGCGAACACCGUGGAGCAUCCAGUGCAGGACGCAGCACUUUGCCUACUCCACCACUGGACACAUCUGGACCCGAGGAAGACACUGUGAACACCUCCUUCGUUGCCGAGACUGAAUACGAUGAGCCAUCUGAGUCGCAAAGACUCCGUCGCGCCCAACCUCUGCACCCACUGAGGCAUUCCUGGCAAGCUUCAGAGUCACCUGAGCCUGCCAUUGAUGACCUUGGAGACAGGAACCGUAGUCCCACGCCUGGCGAUGGCUGGGAGAUCAUGCGCACCACUAUAGCUCCGGACCAGACUCUACCAAGCCAGGAUAGCAGCUUCGCCAGUGCUGCUGCCUCCUUCAAUGUCUCCAACCACAACUCUCAAAGCACAGAACAGACCUCAAACUCGAGCACCAGUAGGCGCGACUCCAGCAACGACGAGAACGAGAACGAUUCUGCAUCUUCUGUCGAUCCAGACGAUAUGAUCUGUACCGACGAAGACAUCUACAGCACUGAAGCAUUCGCCGAAGACAUGUACUUUCAUGAGAUGCAGACCCCCGAAGGCCGCGAACGUAUCGCAGCGCAUCAGCGGAUUCGAGAUCGCGAUGGUAAUAGGUUCGCAUUGCAGACUGAGCCAGCACGCGUUGACAUCGGCUUCCGGCUCAUUGAGGAAGCGCUCGAAAGUGACGACGGUCGCGAACGCGUCCUCCACAUUCGACAGGGCAGCACCGAGAACGACGGUCGUGCUGAGAACACCCUGAGGAGUGUAGGAGCAAGAUCUGCUCGAAUGCUCGCCGAAAGCAGACGCAGUGGCCGGGCUCUGCGUCAAUCAGACGCUGCCGAAGCACCGACACCACGUCCAGAUCUCUACAGCACCGCAACCCACGACGCAGCCAACGAAACACGCCGCCAAGUGAACGGCUACUUCCGUCGCUUCGCAGCAGGCUCAAUGCCUGUUGACGGCCCUAUCAUCGAAAGUCCCGCCUCCCCACCACCAGAGUACGAGCCUCUCAGCUCACAUCCAAAUGUCAACACCUUCACAUCCCGCGACGGUCCCCAAGCACAUCCCAUCAGCCCACCCAGCAAUCGCAGCGAGAGGGAGGUCUCCGAGGCGUUGCUGAGCGGUGAUGUGCAGGACUUGGACAGUAUGCGGAGGGUUGUGGAACGUCUUGCGGCGAGAGAUGAUGUGCCGGAGGAGUGGUGGAUGAGCAUGGGAUUGAAUGUUUCGAGGGCGAGGGUAAGGGACAGAAGUCCCGCGAGAGACCCGCGAUCGUCGGAACAGGUCGAGAGAAGGAGGGAGAUUUCGGAGAGGAGAGAUAGGGAGCUGGCACUAGGGCGUGGAGAUUCGAGGUUAUGA